CUGGGUUAAGAGGUGACCGGAUCCGGCCAUGUUGGUUUUGUGCUUCUGUGCCCUGUCCCCCCUUUCGCUCGCUCCCGAAAAAACCAGCUUUUGGGCCUCUCCGGAGUCGAAGUUUUGGAGACUUCUCACCGCAAUCUCAGCCCCAACGAUCGAUCCAAAGGCUCAGAGUAAUGGAGUUGGGUUCUCCCAACAUGGAGGAUGGGACUCCAUUUAAGUCAGAAUUGGACGUUAACUCACAUGGAAAUAAUGAUGGAGAGGAAACAGAAAAUUUUCAGAAUGGUAACAAGGAACCUGAAGGGAUGCAAGUUUGUGUGAAUCAGGAGAGGCCUGAAUCACCUGUGCUUCCUGUUGAUGCUGUCUGUGAAGGACUUCAAUCACCUGUCUUAAAUUCUACUGCUUCACCAUCUCCCAUAAACAAAGUGCAAGAUGAAAAUUUGCCAAUUGAGUCAGAAUAUGAUGAUGAUGUUGAAAAUAGAAGUGUAGUUCACAGCAUUGAGGAAUUGAGAUCAAAUGUUAAGUAUCAUGAAUACCAGGAGGAGAAACAGAGAGCAAGUUAUAACAUUCAGUCUGGCGAUCUUCUUGAUAUGUGCACUGAUCAAACAGCAGAAGAUAAAAAUAAAUUAGGAGAUUCAGAUCCAUACCUCCAUCGAGUUACGUUGUCAGUUGAUAACAAUUCAAACUCUCAAUUAGAAAAGCCUGAUUUUGAUAAUGAUGGAAUGGAAGAUGGAAACUUUAGUCGAGCUGAUAACAAUUUGAAUUCUCAACCAGAAAAGCCUGAUUCUGGUAAUGAUGGAUUAGAAGAUGGAAACUUUAGUCAAGUUGAUAACAAUUUGAACUCUCGACCAGAAAAGCCUGAUUUUGGUAACGAUGGAAUAGAAGAUGAAAACUUUAGUCAAGUUGAUAACAAUUUGAAUUGUCAAUCAGAAAAGCCUGAUUUUGGUAAUGAUGGAGUAGAUGAAAACUGUACUCAUAAUAUAGAAAUGAAGGACAAAGAUGAUCAUAUGAUGGGUGUGGCACAUUCGGAUAAUGUAGAAAUGAUUAAAGAGUGUUCUGUUGGGCACUCUCCUCGUCCAACUCGAAAAGGUACACCAUCAUCACCAGAGAGGGAGUUGUCUGUUCCUAUGGCGAGAUCUCCCGACAACAAACCAUCAGCAGCAGACGACCAGUUACCUACUGAAAUCAGUGAUAGAAAAAUAACUCGUUCUCCCAAGCACACACCUUCUCCUGAAAAACGUGCAGUCGGCCGCAAGAGAACUCGUGACAGUUUUUCUCCACCUGCAAGACGCAAAUCUCCUCCAGGAAGAAUGGCACAUCGGGAUGCUCAUCGCAGAGACUCUUCUCCCAGAAAGAACCUGCCAGCUUCACCUCGAAAACGAGAGUCACCACGAAGGAGAGAUAGGUCAAGAUCACGCUCGCCUGUGAGGCGGAAGGAUCCUUCUGGACACAGAAGAGAUCACCGUGGUAGAUCUCGGUCCAGGUCUCCCUACUCGAGGGAUCACCAUAGAAGGUCUCCAAGGCGAAGGCAUUCUCCAGGUCGUAGAUCUCCUCCAGCAAGUUAUCAUUCACGUCACCGCUCUCCAAGGAGGCCUUGGUCACCACCAACUAACCGCAACACUGGUGUGGGUAGGCCUGGAAGGAAUUUAUUUGUUGCAGGUUUUAGCUAUGUUACUACUGAAAGAGAUUUGGAAAAGAAGUUCUCUAGGUUUGGGCGUGUGACAGAUGUUCGGAUUGUUCGUGAUAGAAGGUCAGGCGAUUCUCGUGGCUUUGGAUUUUUAUCCUUAGAAAGGGAUGAAGAUGCUGAUGCUGCCAUACGUGCUCUUGAUCAGACUGAAUGGAAUGGCAGGAUUGUUCUGGUGGAGAAAUCUAAGACUUCUGCUCGCUGAAUGAUCUCCUUUUGUGUUGUCAUAAUUGGAGAGAUAGGGGAACUUUUCAGUUUUAUCAGUUUUAUUUCGUACCAAAAUCCUUCCAACCAUAUGACAUAGGUCAUGCUAUACGGCAAGUAUUACUUAGGACCAAACUCUUGAUGCUGUAGUAUGUCUACUUUUUCUUCUCAUCAUAGAAUUAUGUCUUCAUUAGAAGUGUUAUAAACUUGAAAUAUUUUGGAUCAUGAGAAUACAGCUGAAACUAAAGUGAUUCAAAUUUUCAAUUGA